AAGUGAAUACCAUUUGCUGGCAAGUGAAGGCUAGAGGAUCCAGGAGUGGGGUCUUAGGCCAGCCCUCUGACGGUGGGACUUUAGGAGGAGAGAGGGAGCUUUGCAUUUUGAUUAAAGCCCUUCAACCUCCUUCAGUCUGUAGGCAGGGGACUGGGGAAGGACUCAUCUCAGCUGGGCAAAGGAGCAGAAAAGACCCGAAUCUCCCCAUUCCCCAGCCACACAUUGGUUUGUUCCUCCUUAUGGCUGUGUAGUGACCCUGGGACUCUCGCAAGGAGCUGUUCAUUUCAAUCCUGAGCUUCCUUAUCACCUGGGGAUCCCCAGUCUGUGGAGUUGGACAUGGAGAGGUGGAGCACAAGGUGGAAAACGAAAAGGAGGUUGUGGGAUUUAUCCCUCAGCUCCUUAGUUCUCAUCACUUUGACUUUCCUUUUUCAAGCUGCAGAGGUCAGAGGAGCUGGACCUGUUGAUGUACUCAAAGCAUUAGAAUUUCACAGUUUACCAGCAGGCGUAUCUAAAACAGCAGGAUUUUGCACAAACAGAAGGGCAGCCACAGGAUCAGAUACAGCAUUUAAAGUUCAGAAAAAUGCCCGGCUUAGCACCCCAACAAAGCGAUUAUUUCCAGGGGGAGUAUUCCCAACAGAUUUCUCAGUCCUGUUGACAGUCAAGCCCAAGAAGGGUCUGCAGUCAUUCCUCCUUUCCAUUUACAAUGAAAAAGGUACACAGCAGCUUGGAGUGGAGGUUGGAAGGUCCCCUAUCUUUAUAUAUGAAGAUCAUCUAGGAAAACCUACCCCUGACGAGUAUCCCACUUUUAGCACUGUUAACAUUGCAGAUGGCAAGUGGCAUCGUGUUGCAAUCAGUGUGGAAAAGAAGGAGAUCACAAUUAUCGUAGACUGCAAGAAGAAAAUCACAUUAGCCCUCCCAAGGAGCGACAAACCUGUACUGCAAACCAAUGGAAAAAUUUUGUUUGGAACCCGCAAGUCGGACGAGGAAGUGUUUGAGGGUGACAUUCAGCAGCUAGUAAUUAGUGAUGACCCCAAAGCUGCAUAUGACUACUGUGAACAUUUCAUGCCGGACUGUGACUCUCCAGUCCCCAACCUACCGCAAGCCCAGGAACCACAGGUGGACGAGUAUGCACCUGAAGAGCUAAUCGAGUAUGACUAUGAGUAUGGGGACCCAGAUUACAAGGAGACUGAGCUUGUAACAGAGGCACCCUCUCUAACUGAAGAACUCAUAGCUCAGACAGAGAAGAAGAAAGCCAGUUCCAAAACGAAGAAGAAGCCAGUGCCCCCUAAAUCAAAGGACAAACCCCAAAAGGUCACGCCCAAAAACUCAUUUGCAGCUAAGAAGAAGAAGGGCAAGACCGAUUACCAGGCAUCAGCAAGAAAAAGAAUAGGGGCCAAUGUGGUUGACUACAAUCAAUACAGUGAAGGAGACUAUGGUUAUCAGACAGAUACUCCUGCUCUUACUACAGGAACAAAUGAGCAAAAACCUGAGGAGGAGUCCUUUGUGGAGGAAUCCAUUGUGGAGGACCCAUUUGUGGAGGAGUACAUAACAGGAGAGGACUAUGACUCAGAGAAAAAGCUGGUUGAGGAAACAGAGUAUGGGGUAAAAACUGUUAGCCCCACAGAGUCUGAGCCAGUAGUAGGAGGAGGUAUAGGAGAAUAUGAUAUUUAUGACUAUAAGGAGUAUGAAGAAAAACUCCCAAACCCUACCACACAAGAGGUCGGCCCCGGUGUACCUGCUGAAACUGAUAUCUCUGAAACCAGUGUGAACAAUUUUGGUGGGUAUGGUGAGAAAGGCCAAAAAGGAGAGCCAGCAGUUAUUGAGCCGGGAAUGCUGAUUGAAGGCCCCCCUGGACUGGAAGGACCUGCAGGUCUUUCUGGUCCCCCUGGUUUGCAAGGACCUCCUGGUACCUCUGGAGAUCCUGGUGAGAGAGGUCCACCUGGUCGACCAGGAUUGCCAGGUGCUGAUGGGUUACCAGGGCCUCCAGGCACUAUGCUGAUGUUACCGUUCCGAUAUGGAGGUGAUGGAGAAAAAGGACCAACAGUCUCUGCCCAAGAAGCACAGGCUCAGGCCAUUCUUCAGCAAGCCCGGAUUGCCAUGCGUGGGCCAGCAGGACCAAUGGGACUUACUGGAAGAUCUGGACCAGUGGGAUCACCUGGAGCUGCAGGAAUUAAGGGAGACCCAGGAGACCCAGGCCCUCAGGGUCCUAGAGGAAUUCAGGGAUCACCUGGACCCAUGGGAAAAGCUGGGAAAAGGGGACGCUCUGGAGCUGAUGGAGCCCGUGGAAUGCCAGGAGAGUCUGGGUCCAAGGGUGACAGGGGUUUUGAUGGUCUCCCAGGUCUCCCCGGUGAAAAGGGGCACAGGGGUGACAGAGGUCCUCAGGGGCCACCAGGACCUCCCGGUGAAGAUGGAGGCAGGGGAGAAGAUGGAGAAGUUGGACCAAGAGGGCUUCCCGGUGAACCUGGUGAAAGAGGGUUAUUAGGACCAAGGGGGUCACCAGGACCUUCAGGACAGCCCGGUGUUGCUGGUGUGGAUGGACCUCCAGGCCCUAAAGGAAACCUGGGUCCUCAAGGAGAACCUGGCCCUGCAGGUCAACAAGGAAUUCCAGGCCCUCAAGGUCUCCCCGGUCCACAAGGCACCAUCGGUCCACCUGGUGAGAAGGGUCCACAAGGAAAGCCUGGUUUGUCUGGAUUACCUGGAGCUGAUGGACCACCUGGACAUCCUGGUAAAGAAGGCCCCUCAGGAGAGAAGGGAGCAGCGGGUCCCGCUGGUCCCCAAGGUCCAAUUGGUUACCCUGGACCUCGAGGUGUAAAGGGAGCAGAUGGUGUCCGAGGAUUGAAAGGUGGCAAAGGAGAAAAGGGUGAAGAUGGAUUUCCAGGAUUUAAGGGUGAUAUGGGUCUCAAAGGAGACAGAGGAGAGGUUGGACCUUUAGGUCCAAGAGGGGAAGAUGGCCCAGAAGGUCCAAAAGGAAGAUCUGGUCCAACAGGAGAAUCUGGUCCUCUUGGUCUUGCUGGUGAAAAGGGUAAACUUGGAGUCCCAGGAUUGCCAGGAUACCCAGGUCGACAGGGUCCCAAGGGUUCAACAGGUUUCCCUGGAUUUGCAGGAGCCAACGGAGAGAAAGGAGCUCGGGGUGUAGCUGGCAAACCAGGUCCAAGGGGACAACGAGGUCCAACGGGUCCACGUGGUGCUAGAGGUCCAAGAGGUCCUACAGGAAAACCAGGUCUUAAGGGCACAGCAGGCAAUGAUGGUCCAUCUGGCCCACCUGGUGAAAGAGGACCUCAAGGACCACAGGGCCCAGUUGGGUUCCCAGGACCGAAGGGCCCCCCUGGACCUCCUGGAAAGGAUGGAUUGCCCGGCCACCCCGGACAGCGAGGAGAAACAGGUUUCCAAGGAAAAACUGGGCCUCCUGGUCCUGGAGGUGUAGUGGGUCCACAGGGUCCCACUGGAGAAACUGGUCCCAUUGGUGAGAGAGGGCACCCUGGCCCACCAGGGCCCCCUGGAGAGCAAGGUUUACCCGGAUCAGCUGGGAAGGAGGGUGCUAAGGGAGAUCCCGGUCCUUCAGGUGUGGCUGGAAAAACUGGUCCCGCAGGUCUGCGUGGUUUCCCUGGUGAGAGAGGUCUACCUGGAGCUUCGGGUGCUGCAGGUUUGAAAGGUGGAGAAGGACCCCAGGGCCCAUCUGGUCCAAUUGGAUCUCCAGGUGAGAGAGGAGCCGCUGGCACUGCUGGACCCAUUGGUCUGCCAGGAAGACCAGGACCUCAAGGCCCACCAGGACCAGCAGGAGAAAAGGGGGCUCCAGGAGAGAAAGGACCUCAAGGACCAGCAGGACGAGAUGGAAUUCAAGGCCCAGUCGGACUUCCAGGACCUGCAGGUCCCCAAGGACCACCAGGAGAAGAUGGUGACAAGGGUGAAAUUGGAGAACCAGGACAGAAAGGAGGAAAGGGUGACAAAGGAGAACAGGGUCCUCCUGGACCAGGAGGUCUACAAGGUCCUGUUGGAGCACCAGGUCCGGCGGGUUCUGAUGGAGAGCCAGGUCCAAGAGGUCAACAGGGAAUGUUUGGACAGAAGGGAGAUGAAGGUUCUCGUGGAUUCCCAGGUCCUCCUGGCCCAAUUGGUCUUCAAGGGCUUCCAGGACCCCCAGGUGAAAAGGGUGAAAACGGAGAUGUCGGUCCUAUGGGUCCACCCGGUCCACCUGGUCCUCGAGGUCCUCAAGGCCCUAACGGUGCUGAUGGUCCUCAAGGUCCUCCUGGAUCUAUUGGAUCUCUUGGUCCAGUUGGUGAAAAGGGUGAACCAGGAGAAGCUGGAAACCCAGGUCCCCCAGGCGAAGCUGGCAUUGGUGGUCCUAAAGGUGAAAGGGGAGAGAAAGGAGAGGCUGGACCCCCAGGAGCUGCAGGACCUGCUGGUCCCAAGGGACCUCCAGGGGAGGAUGGUCCUAAGGGAAAUCCCGGUCCUGUUGGAUUCCCAGGAGAUCCUGGUCCACCUGGAGAAGCUGGUCCAAGUGGACAAGAUGGUGUUUCUGGUGAUAAAGGAGAAGAUGGAGAAUCUGGACAGCCUGGUCCACCUGGUCCCUCUGGAGAAGCUGGACCACCAGGACCUCCAGGAAAGAGGGGUCCUCCUGGUUCUCCUGGUGCAGAAGGAAGACAAGGAGAGAAAGGUGCAAAGGGUGAGGCUGGAGCAGAAGGAGCACCUGGCAAGACUGGUCCUGUUGGACCACAGGGACCUGCUGGGAAACCAGGACCUGAAGGACUUAGAGGAAUUCCAGGGCCUGUGGGAGAACAAGGACUUCCAGGUGCCUCUGGGCAGGAUGGACCUCCAGGACCAAUGGGUCCUCCUGGCUUACCAGGUUUAAAAGGAGAGCCCGGUACAAAGGGUGAGAAGGGACAUCCAGGUCUGAUUGGUUUGAUUGGGCCACCAGGAGAGCAGGGUGAGAAGGGUGACAGAGGACUUCCCGGUUUACAAGGAUCUCAUGGAGCCAAAGGAGACGUUGGAGUAACAGGCUCUGCUGGUCCCCUAGGUCCUUCUGGACCCCCUGGUUUACCUGGUCCUCAAGGUCCUAAGGGUUCAAAGGGAUCAUCUGGUCCAGCUGGUCAAAAGGGAGAUGGUGGUCUUCCUGGACCUCCUGGUCCACCUGGUCCUCCUGGGGAAGUGAUCCAACCAUUGCCUAUCCAGUCACCAAAGAAGACCCGCAGAUCUUCAGAUGAUAUGAUGGCUGAUGCUGGAGACAACAACUAUGCAUAUGAAAUGAAUCUUAUAUUUAAAGACCUUGACUCACUGAAGACAGAUAUUGUGAACAUGAAAUUUCCCGACGGAAGUCAGAAAAACCCAGCAAGAACAUGCAAAGACCUGCAGCUUUGUCACCCAGGACUCCCUGAUGGUGAAUACUGGAUUGAUCCAAACCAGGGCUGUUCUGGUGAUUCAUUCAAAGUCUACUGCAAUUUCACAGCUGGAGGAGAGACUUGUAUAUAUCCAGAGAAGAAAUCAGAAGGAGUGCGGAUAUCAUCGUGGCCCAAAGAAAAGCCUAAAUCCUGGUUCAGUGAGUUCAAGAGAGGAAAGCUGCUUUCUUAUGUGGAUGUUAAAGGUAACACCAUUGACCAAGUACAAAUGACCUUCCUGAGACUCCUCAGUCAAUCUGCCCGGCAAAACUUCACCUAUACUUGUCAACAAUCUGUUGCUUGGUAUGACAGUGUGGCCGAGCACUAUGACAAGGCCCUAAGGUUCCUUGGAUCCAACGAUGAGGACAUUUCCUAUGAUAACAGCCCAUACAUCAGACCUUUGCAUGAUGGCUGUGCGCUGAAGAAAGGAUACGCACGAACAGUCCUGGAAAUUAAUACCCUGAAGAUAGAUCAGCUGCCCAUUGCAGAUGUAAUGAUCAGUGACUUUGGGGAACAGAACCAGAAAUUUGGAUUUGAGGUCGGACCGGCCUGCUUCUUAGGUUGAGACUGGAAUGUGGACAAGCAGCUUAAUAAAAAAAAUUUAAAUAUGUAAAAAAAUGUUUUCUUAAAAAAAAAAGCAUCAGGCUUGGAAUGUCAUCAGAGACGUGUUCUCCACAUGCAAGUUUUGAAUUCGGAUGGUGCACAGGGGAAGAAAAGCCAAAUAACUAAAGAGCAAUUUCUGUGCGUGCGAAUUACCUAGAAAUUGCCAGCGGCCCAGAUUUGGGGCAGAAUCACAUGACUUAAACAGAAAGUAUAUGCCAAAAAAUAUGAAGGACUUAGACAUGGUACUGUAUGGAUAGCAUUGUCCUCCUUCCACGGAAAACUUUUGGUGCUGGAAAAUACCAAAAACAACAAGCUUCGUCCAUCAUAGGUGCUAUUAACUCUCGUGAAUGGGUUUGACAAAUGCUGUAUACAUUUAAUUAUUCUGCAUACCUAGUUUAAGGCUUGCAUGUCCUUUCCCAAAACUUGCAUGUGACUCUGGGUUGAGCCUUCUUCUAAAAGAACCAUGAAGAAUAAUAGGUUCCCCACUGUGUAGAAAAGAAACAGCGUGUUUACUGUGCAAAAUAAUGUACAAUUCCAGUGGACCUCCAACCCUUCUUUCAGACACAAAAUAAAAAUCCCUUUGUAUAUAUUGAUGUGGAAGACCUCUCUUAUUUGCUGUUGCUAGAACAAAAUAAAUAUAUAUUUAACAGUCAUUAUAUAUAAAAGCCUCAGGUGGCCGAACUGGAAAAUAAAAAAACAAACAAACAAGAUGAUCUAAAUUGCAGGAUUUCCUAUGCUGCAUCUUGCAGAUCAAAAACCAUUUAGGUGCAAUAUUUGAUGGUGCUAAUACCUCAUUCCAGAAUGUCAUGACAUGCAUGUAUAUACCUAAAAUACCUUUUUUAAUUAUUAUUUGUGGUCAGGGGAAAAUGUAUUAAGAGUAAUAUUUCUGUAUAAGAUAUUUGUCGGUUCUAUGUGAAGUCAGUGGUCAAUUUGUUUCAAUUUCUGUGUCAUCGAGGUUCGUGCAUCUUCAUUACAUUAAACUCAAAGCAUAAUUUUAUUUUUGUGGUCCGUGUUUGAGAAUAUUUUAAACUGGGUGAGAGCAGUUGUUUUUUUUUUGGAAUAUUCUUAGGUGCUGUACAUCUUUAUGAAAAUCUUCAAUGCCCAAAGAACGCAAAGAAUUAUUGGGCAGGACUCAGCCCUUCUUAUAAUAAAGAGAUUCAAUUUGGUAUUUAUAUAGUUAGGCUGUAUAUGCAAAUUUAAUCCCUUUGUAACAAUUUAGUUUAUCUCGGUCAUGUGAUUCUACCCGGGUUGCAUAGAAACCUAAGAGGGGCUGCUAUUCCUUGGUUAAUUUGUCACCCAAGUAUAUUUUUUAAAUUAUCCAUCAAGAGUUGUUCUGGUCUUUCCUCCCUAUUUUGGUUUAAGCUGGAAGUAAAGAUAACUUUUUUCUUGUUAAAAAUAAAGACAAAAUCCUUUUGUAAUUAUUUUUCAUAAUAUAUGUAAGACUUGAAAAUUGUGUGUUACUCAUAAAUAAACUGUUAAAUUAAUUGGUCUCAUAUCCCACUAGCUUAUUUUUCCCACGACGUUUAAUUACCGGAAAAAGGAAAGUUAUUUCUUAUUUUGUUGAAAGUUCAGUCAUUUUUCUUUUUCAAUAGCUUUUUUUGUUUUCGUUUUCAUUUCCUUCCCCCCCCCCCCAAAGUUUGUUACUGUCACCACAAAGAAGAUAUGAGAAUGUUAUCAAUAAAUUCAAGUCUUGUUUA